AUGAGCUUUCUGUUACUUGCACCUCCUUCAGAACAUACUAUGGUGCUGUGUGUCCUGGAGACAUUCAAGAUCAAGACAUUUAAACCAAUUGGAUACUGGAUUGUGGAAAUUGGGGAGAGUGUGCGAGGAGAAGAUGUAUACAUAAUCCAAAGUGGCUGUGGGGAAAUCAAUGAUAAUUUGAUAGAGCUGUUAAUCAUGAUCAAUGCCUGCAAAUUUGCAUCAUCCUCUCGAGUCACUGCAGUUAUUCCUUGUUUUCCCUACGCCCGACAAGACAAAAAAGACAAGAGUCGUGCCCCAAUUUCAGCCAAGCUUGUGGCCAACAUGUUGUCAGUUGCUGGAGCAGAUCAUAUCAUCACCAUGGAUUUGCAUGCCUCUCAGAUACAGGGCUUUUUUGAUAUACCUGUGGAUAACUUGUAUGCAGAGCCAGCAGUACUGCAGUGGAUAAAGGAGAAUAUUCCAGAGUGGAGAAAUUCCAUAAUUGUCUCUCCUGAUGCAGGUGGAGCCAAAAGGGUAACAUCAAUUGCAGAUAGGUUGAAUGUUGAAUUUGCGUUGAUCCAUAAAGAGAGAAAGAAGGCAAAUGAGGUAGAUAGGAUGGUGCUCGUUGGUGAUGUUAAAGAUCGAGUGGCCAUUCUUGUGGAUGACAUGGCAGACACAUGUGGGACAAUAUGUCAUGCUGCUGACAAAUUGCUGUCUGCUGGUGCUACCAAAGUUUAUGCUAUCCUUACUCAUGGUAUCUUCUCUGGCCCUGCCAUUAGUCGAAUAAACAAUGCUGCUUUUGAAGCUAUUGUUGUUACAAACACCAUUCCGCAAGAAGAAAAAAUGACUAUUUGCUCAAAAGUUCGGGUGAUUGAUAUAUCGAUGAUCCUUGCUGAGGCAAUACGCAGGACCCACAAUGGAGAAUCUGUGUCAUACCUUUUCAGUCAUGUUCCUCUGUAAGGUGAUGAGACUUCAGACUUACUGAGUAGGUCUGGUCUGAAAGUUGUUAUACUGCAUAUCUGAGGAACCCAUCAUUUACGUACUGGAAUAUUGCACACCCAACCAGAAAGGGCCCACUGCUGUAUCAAACUGGAAAAGUUACAUCCAUAUUUGCAAGUUGAAAGCAUGAAAAUAUAAUGAUUUUAAAUGUCAUGGAUUGAAUCUUAUUUCUCUCAAUGCACUGUGGGAAGAACAGCAGAGCUCUGCUUUUGUACUUUUGGAAAUGUAAUCUUUCAUGAAGUGAAUUUCUAUGAAAUCUCAAACCUGUUGAUGGCUAUGUGGCUUUCUUAUACCAGCACACAAGUCUGUUAGAUAGUUGUGGCUAUGUGCUGAUUAUGUUUUUUUUAAUGUGGAAACAAAUGUUUGAGGUGCAACAGUAGUAAUAAUUACCAACAGACAUUCCAUGAGAUAUUAAAACUGAUUUGAACUUUCA